AAGUAAAGGAUAGGCACUACUAUGUAAAUAUACCUUAUGUUUAUAACCUAGUUAAUAAUAAAUUAGUGUUUUAGUGCAUUAGUAAGUUAAUAAAAAGACUAUAUUGUUUUAGGAAAGAUGAGUGCUUUAUUUAAGUCUAUUUUAAAGGAUGCGUUAUUUGUUAGAAGUGUUGUUUGCAAUUCCUGUUUAGAGCGGGGAAGUCAUCAAUAUAGGAAGACAAUAACUUGGGAAAACACAAUUCAAUUUUCCGAAUUUUUAACUAAGUCUGUUGUUUAUCAUGACAAUGGUUUACUGGUUCUGAACAAACCGUACGGAGUAUCGUUUUCAAGAAGCAGUGGUAGUAACAAUGCUGACAAAUCAAGUCUGGACCCUGAAGAAAGUGUUUUUAAUAAACAAAAGAAAAACAAUGUCAAGAAUUCAAAUUCAAUUUAUGCAACUAGUGGAAUUGUUAGUGACAGUUUAAAUCUAGUGGAUUGCCUCCCAUAUCUGAAACAGCAGUUUGGAUACAACAAGCUAUACAUUGCUCGUGUGCCUGAAAAAUAUGUAAGUGGGGUUGCAAUUCUUACAACUUCGCCAGAGCUGGUUGAACACAUCAACAAGGGCCGAGCCCAUGCUCCGACUGGUAAAGACAAAUACCUGGCCGUCGUCGUCGGUGUGCCCAGAUAUGCCAGUGGCACAAUCAAGCUUGGAUUCAAACUGGAGCAGCAUCCCAAGAAAGGGAAAAGAGUAGUGUUGCUUCAGAAAUGGGCUAACAGAGCGUAUAAAAGAGGGGAAAUUCGAAUCGGAACAUUUCAUCACCAACUUAUCAGUUCUGGGUAUAACGAUUUAGCCAGCCUUGUACAGAUAAAUGUUGACCUGCGUAAAUAUCAUGCCUACAGAGUGUUCUGUGCUGACUAUCUACAUUCACCUGUUCUGGGUGACAACUUGUUUGGCAGUAGGGUGCAGACUCUAAUGAGUGUGCCCACGACCGUUCAUCAUUUUAAUGACGUUGCCGAUAAUCCACAGAGACUGCCACAAGAGAUGUACAGACACCUGGGACUGACCUCAGGAGAGGCCUCCAUCAUCCCUAUCCACGUCCACCUGGAGGAGAUGCUGCUUCCCAGGUUCUUCCAGAAGGGUCAAUCUCUGAGGUUGCGAGCCCCUGUACCACCUCAUUUCCUGUGGACCUGCGAAAGGCUGGGGCUUACACAACAGGCUGACAAUAGAUUACUGGAACAAGUUGAACAAUAAAUAGUCCGAGAUAAUA